CGCGAGCACAGCGCCUGGGUCGUCCACACGCACGCCCACGCCGACGCGCCCCGCGAGUGCGCCUCGGGCUGCGUCGCCGGCGACCUCAAGUUCUGGGACGCGCGCGCGCCCGGCGCGAGCCUCCGCACCAACUCGACGAUGACGGCCUUCGACGCGCACGGCAACGCGCCCCUCCUCGCCUCGGGCUCCCACAACCAGUUCAUCAAGUUCAUGGCCCGCGACGGCGACCAGCUCAACAUCGUCCGCUACCACGACGGCUUCCUCGGCCAGCGCAUCGGCCCCGUCUCCAGCCUCGCGUUCCACCCGACGAAGGUCCUCUGCGCCGCGGGCUCCACGGACGCCGUCGUCGGCAUCUACGCCGCGCAAUAA